CCCCCCUGCCUUUGCCCCAUCCUCUCCCUCCCUCCUGUAGCCCGGCCAACAUGUCCGAGUGGAAGCCCAUCCCCCGGCGGCAGUUCCCCAAGCUGCCGGGCCUCCGCACCGAGGAGUCUAUCUACUGGCGGAAGUAUCGCUUCCCGGUCCUGGUGAAGGAGACGGGCGCCGUGACGAGCAUCAACUUCUCGCCCGUCCGGCCGCACGACUUCGCCGUGACCAGCGGCAUGCGGGUUCAAAUUUACUCCCAGAGCAAUCAGGCUGUCCGUCGGAGUAUCUCGCGCUUCGGCGAUGUGGCCUACAGCGGGUCCUACCGCCGGGAUGGUUCGCUGCUGGUGGCCGGCUCGGAGGACGCCAGUGUCCAGGUUUUCCACACCCAGACGCGUGUCAUUCUCCGGACGUACAAGGCGCACCUGGGCCCGGUCCGGGCUACGGCCUUUGCUUCGGACAAUGUGACUGUCAUUUCGGCCUCCGACGACCGGACGGUCAAGCUGUGGGACCUGUCGGCCGACGAGCCGAAGCAGGAGUUCACCACCACCGAUGACGGCCACUCGGAUUACAUUCGGACCAUGGUGCCGAACCUGGACAACCCGAACCUCUUCCUGACCGGCUCCUACGAUCAUACCGUCAAGCUGUGGGAUGCCCGUACCGCGGGCGCUGUCAUGACCAUGGAGCAUGGCGCGCCCGUGGAGUGCGUGCGCCUCUUCCCCGGCGGGUCGGUGGCCCUGUCGGCCGGUGGAGACCACUGGACCGCGUGGGACAUGGCCGCCGGUGGCCGGGCCAUCCACCAGGUCCGCGCCCACAAGAAGACCGUCACCGGCCUGGCCUUCGAUCCGGACUACACGCGGAUUCUGUCCUGCUCAUUGGACCACACGGUCAAGAUCCACGACGUGCGCGACUACAGCGUCACCCAUUCGGUGGUGUACCCGGCUCCGCUGCUGUCGGUGGCCCUGAGCCCGGACAACACGCAUCUGGUGGCCGGCAUGGCCAAUGGCCUGCUGAGCAUUCGCCACCGGGCCACGGCCGCCUCGCUGGCCAGCGGUCGGGCGGUGGCCCCGGUGCCGGCGGCCACGGCCGCCGCCGAGGCCACCACCCAGGCGGCCAUCGUCAAUGACGGCAAGCGCUCGGCCCGGCCCCCGGCCUCGGGCUCCUACCGGUUCUUUGUGCGCGGCCGUGGUCACCAGCCCGGUGCCAAUGACUUCACGGUGGAGUCCCGGCGCCGGCCCCGGCUGCAGCCGUUCGAGCGUUUGCUCAAGAACUACGAGUAUCAGGCGGCCUUGGAUUUGGUCCUGUCGCCGGAUUACAGCCAGCGCCUGGAGAAGCUCCGCCGCGAGCACUCCUCCCAGUAUGGGCAGCCCUCCAACAAGCCCUUCCCCAACCAGGCAUCCCCGGCCUCGCCGCUGGUGGUCAUUUCCCUGCUGGAGGAGCUGGUCCAGCGGAGUGCCCUGCAGCAGACCCUGCUCAACCGCUCGGACACCGACCUCCUGCCGCUGUUCCAGUUCAUCAUCCGCCACAUUGACAACCCGCGCUACUCGUCGCUGCUGAUCGAUGUGGCCAGCAUGCUGCUCGACCUCUAUGACAUCAACGCCGGCAAGUCCACCCUCCUGGACGACAUGCUGGUUCGCCUGUCCUCGCGCGUGGCGGCCGAGCUCCAGACCCAGCGUCGCCUCUUUUCCCUGAUCGGGUCGCUGGAUAUGCUGUUCGCCGCGGCGUCCACCUCGACCACCGGGCACAUUGUGCCGGCCGGCCGGCCGGAGGCUCCGAUGCUGCAGCCGGAUGUCUCGGCGCGUGGCUUCCCGGCCCGCAGUGGCCCGUCCGGUGUGGACAGCGUGCCGGUCAUCUCGCCGGCGAACCUGCCCAACACCUCCAACUAAGGGGUGUGGCCGUGUCGGGCCGGCGGCCGUGCACGGGGCCGGGCCGUGUGACCUGCGAGCGGGGGAGGGGGCGGCGGAGUGGUGCGCCGCGCAGCCGCGUGCGCGCCUGGCCUCCCUCUCCUCGGCUCUGCCCCUCCCCCGCCUCCCAUCUCUGUCCCUCUCGCCACCCGGCGGCCGCGCGUCGCCCUCGUCCUUGUCCCCUCUCUUCUGCCCUCCCUCCCCCACCUCCCACACCACCAGCGUGUCCUGCCUCCACGAUGGCCGGGAGGGUGCCGACGCCGACGCCGAAGGGAGGGAUCUGGUCUCUGCCCCCCCCCCCUCCCCUCCCCCCUGCCC